AACUCAAGUAGCAAUAAUGAUCUCAGUAUUGAUCUUAAUAAUGUGAAUUCCCAGAAUAAUAUUGAUAAUUAUGAACAAAAUGGUAAUAAUAGCCUUGAAAAUUCUAAUAACAACAAUGAUUUCAUUACUGUUAACAAUUAUCUAAAUAAUAUUGAUAAUAAUCUUGAGAAUUCUGAUAACAACAAUAACCUCAUUACUGUUGAUAAUAAUCUAAAUAAUAUCAAUAAUAACCUUGAGAAUUCUGAUAAUAACAAUAAUCUUAUUACUGUUGACAAAUAUUCAAAUAAUAUUGAUAAUAAUAACUAUCUUAAUGGUAAUAAGAUCUAA